AUUCUUCUAUCUCUGUUGCUAUGGCACAUCUCCAAGGGGAUGCUGCACCCCCACCUCCCUUCCCUCCUUGUCCUCCAGGCAAAGGGUUAAAGAGCCGCGCGUGCGCAGUGCCGUCUCAAGUGCUGAGACAGCAGCCUGUCGCGGGCCAGUUCAAAAGGCACCGGGGAGUGAUGGAGAGCAGUCAGCGCUGCCUGUGCUAGAGGGCGCCCCCUCCCGGCCGGCCGAGCAGAGGCUGCGGGCGUGAAGAAGUCACACGGGGGAAGGGGGGGAUGGACGCGACAAUGGUAUGAGCCACUUGUAAGGUGCUGAGGAUGGUGCUGACUGCAGGAGGUCCAGGUUACACGGGCACCCCGGACCUGGUACAGGUGAGCUGCUCCAGACGCCCUCUUACCAAUGCAAUGCCAGCUGGGAUCCAUGCAGGUGCCACGUACGGCUUGUGGAAUGAUCUGGUGACGGCGUGGCAGUAAGAUGUGAUCAGUCGCAGGUCAUCCUGUGAACGAAUGUCCACUUUCAUGUUCAAGUCCGGAUUUUCACUCUUUCUACACAAAAUGAAGAAGCAGAAUAUACGGACUCUGUCUCUGAUCCUCUGCAUGUUCUCUUACCUCUUGGUGGGAGCCGCAGUUUUUGAUGCCCUCGAAUCGGAAUCUGAAAGUUCCAGAAAGAGGAUCUUAGAAGAGAAGAGGACUGAUCUAAAAAAGAAGUAUCAUUUUACUGAAGACGACUACCGAGAAAUAGAGCGGGUGGUCCUGCAGUCCGAGCCCCACCGAGCAGGCAAGCAGUGGAAAUUUGCUGGCUCCUUUUAUUUUGCUAUUACAGUAAUUACUACAAUAGGUUAUGGUCAUGCCGCUCCAGGAACUGAUGCUGGGAAAGUAUUCUGUAUGUUCUAUGCCGUCCUUGGAAUUCCUCUCACCCUGGUCAUGUUUCAAAGCCUGGGAGAACGCAUGAACACAUUUGUCAGGUUUUUAUUAAAAAAGUUGAAAAAAUGUUUCCGCAUGAGAAAGACGGAGGUGUCCAUGGAGAAUAUGGUGUUAGUUGGUUUCUUAUCUUGCAUUGGUACUCUGGGCAUUGGCGCAGCUGCUUUCUCGUAUUUCGAAGGUUGGACCUUCUUUCACUCUUAUUAUUAUUGUUUUAUUACACUUACAACCAUAGGGUUUGGAGACUUUGUUGCCCUUCAAAAAAAUGAAGCUUUGCAGAAGAAACCGCCAUAUGUUGCUUUCAGCUUUAUGUAUAUCCUGGUGGGACUGACGGUAAUUGGAGCAUUUCUCAACUUAGUGGUCCUCCGCUUCUUGACCAUGAACUCUGAAGAUGAAAGGCGAGAUGCAGAAGAGAGGGCUUCUCUGCGGAGGGCGCAGAAUAGCUUCUCUCUACAGUCCAAAAUGGAUGCCCGCAGUCGGAGUUCUAUUUACCUUCCCAUAGGAGAUCGGACAAGCCAGAUUAACCUCAUACCUCUCAUGCAGGACGAUCCCGAUAGGGGAAGACGCAGGUCUUCGAAUGCCACCUCAAGAGCAGGAUCUUUUUGCACGUGUAUGUGCUACCGAUCCCCGUUUUGUGACAGUCCUGCAAUAUCACAUAAUGAGGCACUGACCUGCCACACCAACCCCGUAUACUACAACUCAAUCUCCUACAAAAUAGACGAAAUUUCACUGAGCACUCGAGACAACACUGGCUUCUCUUCUCCCGACAGCAUUUUCUCACCACAGAACCAGCGCUACACAAAUCAUUUCAGAGUCAGGAGGAAAUCUAUUUAGAACGUGACGGCAAAUAUCAUGUCAUAUGUUUAUUAUGUGUACGGAUUUAUAUAGUAUUAUUAGUAGGCUUCCUAAUGACCCUGAAAAAAGGUCUGAGACUGUAAUGCAAGGACCUUCAUGCCUUCUGUGCGUUCUUUGCAUGUUACUUUGUUAAAGGGGUACUCCGGUGGAAAACGAAAUGAACUGGUGCCAGAAAGUUAAACAGAUUUGUAAAUGACUUCUAUUAAAAAAAUC